AUGACUGCCUCGACUAGCUACAAGGACAAGGCGUACAUCAACGGCAAGUGGGUGGCUGCCGCCAGCGGCAAGACCUUCCCCGUCACCAACCCCGCCACUGGCGAGGUUAUCGGCAACGUCCCCGACCUCUCGAAGGAGGAGGUGCUCGAGGCCGUCAAGGCCGCCGAGGACGCCUACCCGUCGUGGAGCAACACCCCGCCCAAGACCCGCCAGGACAUUCUCAUGAAGUUCUACCACCUCAUGCUUGAGCGCACCGAGGAGCUCUCCAAGCUCAUCACCCUCGAGAACGGCAAGCCCCUCGCCGACGCGACCACCGAGCACAAGUACUCGGCUUCGUUCAUGGAGUGGUUCGCCGCCGAGGCUGUCCGCACCAACGGCGACGUCAUCCCCUCGACCAUUCCCGGCCUCCGCAACAUGGUGAUCAAGCAGCCCAUCGGCGUCGUCGGCAUCAUCACUCCCUGGAACUUCCCAUCGGCCAUGAUCACCCGUAAGAUCGGCCCUGCCAUGGCCGCCGGCUGCACCUGUGUGAUCAAGGCUCCCUCCGACACUCCCCUUUCGGCUCUCGAGCUCAUGGCCAUUGCUGAGGAGGCUGGCGUCCCCGCCGGUGUGCUCAACCUCGUCACCUCGAAGAGCUCGCGCAUGGUCGCCGAGGUCCUCUGCUCUCACCCCGUGAUCAAGAAGAUCUCAUUCACCGGCUCGACUGGUGUCGGCAAGCAGCUCAUGCAGCAGAGCAGCUCGACCCUCAAGAAGCUCUCGAUGGAGCUUGGCGGCAACGCUCCCUUCAUCGUCUUUGAGGACGCCGACAUUGACGAGGCCGUCAAGGGCGCCGUUAUCGCAAAGUUCCGCUCGUCGGGCCAGACCUGUGUCUGCGCCAACCGCAUCUUCGCCCACGCCAAGGUGUACGACGAGUUCACUUCCAAGCUCGCUGAGGCUGUCCGCGGCUUCAAGGUCGGCAACGGCCUUGAGAAGGGCAUCACCCACGGCCCUCUUAUCCACGACCGCGCCGUCGCCAAGGUCAAGGAGCACGUCGACGACGCCGUCUCCAAGGGCGCCAAGGUGCUUGUUGGUGGCAAGGCCACUGGAGGCAACUUCUUCGAGCCCACCGUCCUUGUCAACGUCCCCAUCUCGGCUGUUGUGUCCAAGGACGAGACCUUUGGCCCCCUUGCCCCUUGCUACAAGUUUGAGAGCGAGGACGAGGUCAUCCAGCUUGCCAACGACACCGAGUUUGGCCUCGCCGGCUACUUCUACUCGCGUGACAUCGGGCGCGUCUGGCGUGUCUCGGAGGCUCUCGAGGUUGGCAUGGUCGUCGCCAACUCGGGCAUCCUGUCGCAGGCCACCAUUCCCUUCGGCGGUGUCAAGGAGUCGGGCUUCGGCAAGGAGGGUUCAAAAUAUGGCAUUGAGGACUACCAGAUCGUCAAGCUCGUCGCCAUGGGCGGCCUCGGCACCAAGUACUAA